AUGGAAUGGUUCACUGGCUCGAAGACCGAGAGACGCGAAGCAGCCAACAGCGCCACGCCUCCAGCGGCCACCACACCCAGUGAAGCACCCCAACCGGGCACGGCUCCAUCUCAGCAGGAGAUGGUCAAAGGUACGAAGUCGAUCACGACGGAAGUGGCAACAGCAGUGCUUCCAGAGGAGGGCAUCCACCCAAGCUGGAGCCAUGAGAACCAACUUAAUCUUUUUUAUGGUCUCUAUUCGCUCUCCUUCAACAGCGGCUUCGACUUCUUCUUGGAGGCCAACAACCUUCUGGAUUCCGACCACCCCUUUGAGAAGGUCUUGCCGCGGGGCGCCGAGAAGAUCAUGGCAAAGAUCCCAGCCAAAACAGAGUUGCUGAGCAUGGAUAUGGAUAAGCUCAUGACCACAAAGGGCUUGAAGAUGAAGAACAUGAUCAUCUUGAAAGAGAUCGAUUGGACGGCAGAGCUGAAGGGCGAGCUCCGAGAUGUCAAGUGGAUGGCCUCCAGCAAGAAGGUGCAAGCCGCCUAUGCAGACAGCCUGCCCCGCAUGGUCGAGGUCCACCGCACUGGCCCAGGGUACCUGUACCGCAGUGGCGACGGCUUGCUCGUAGAGGUAGUCGAAUCCGUCGACAGGCGGUUUGAAGAAAGGACCACCACGGAGUACCAUGCCGCCGUGAAGGCCGUGGCUGGGCAGGCGGCCGUGGCUGGCACAGCAGGAAGGAGACUCAAGAAGACAACCGCCACUAGUGGAGAGGCCUUUUGCGCUGGAUCUUGCAACGGCUGCAUGGCGACGUGCUGCGGAUGCUGCCAGCUGUGCUGUCCACGAUGCUGUCCUCCGAAGUGCGAUUGCUUCAAGUGUCCACCCUGCCACAUUAAUUGUCCACAGUGCUGCAAAUGUCCGCCUUGCUGCACGUGCUGCAAGUGUCCACCCUGCUGCAAGCCUUGUGUUGAUUGCUUCGCGGCCUGCGGCUGCAAGUUCGCAUUCAGCGAGACUGCCUAUGAGUAUCAGCCGGGGACUGCUGGUCGCGCAGGUGUGAAGGCCGUGGCUGGCAGGGACAGCUACGUGGAGGUGAAGAUCGAGAAGGUUUACAUGGUUGAUCCGGUGCCGUGUUGGCGGGUGACUCUGAUGUCCGCCGAUCCCCUGCAUUCGCAUCCCAUGGCCCGCGUUGCAAUCAAGAACAAGUCCCUGGUAGACCAGAAGACGCCCUGGGUCUAUGUGAUCGACUUGUCUCUGGAGAACUCGGGCCAAGAAGUCUUCAACCUUGUGGCUUCGCUCCGUGCAGCACCCACGCGCCAAAGGCUGUCCCUGGAGCACCUGCCGGAAGAGGUGACCUACACCGAUGCCCCGGUGGUGUUUCAGUCCGUGGUCCCGCAGAACGCCCGUGUGAAUCCUUUGGCAAGCACGUGGCAGAGCUCCGCAGUUGCGUUCGGUGGGUUUGGCAAGCAUGAUGAGGCGGAGGGCGAGGAGGGCACCAAUGCUGAUGCAACUACGGCUGACGAGGAGGGCGCAGAGGGCGAAGAGGGAAAGAAGCGUCCGGACGGUCCGGACCAGGACUUUCCGGAGUCAAAGGUGUGA